AUGGCGGACACUGAAGUCGAAGCCAAGAGCCAGCGCAAAUCCGUCGCGUUCACCGAGGGUGACGUGAUCACCGACACCAACGGCGAGGUUACCGAGGGCGCUAAUGGCAAUGCCGCUGCUGGUACGAGAAAUGCCAUCAACACUCCGACGAAGGACCGACUAACAAGCGCGACUGUGACCACAGAUAAGGAUGUUGACGAGGUGACUGAGAUGUUCAAGGGUCUCUCCAAGAAGAAGAAGUCCAAGAAGUCAAAGGAUACCGAGGAAGGCGAGGAAGGCGAGACCCCUGCCGGCGAUGCCGAACCCCCCGACACCGGCGAUUUCGACUCCAAGCUUGCUGAGGCUGGCCUUGACAACGAUGAGGGCCAGCCUGAGGAGGAGCCCGUGCCUGAGGGAGACCCCGAACUCGGCACUGGUAUCUGGAACCAGUCAUCCACUCAGCAGAUUCCUUACUCCCUGCUCAUUUCCCGCUUCUUCAACCUCAUCCAAAGCCACCACCCCGACAUGCUCGCGAGCGGAACCAAAUCAUACAAAAUUCCUCCUCCUCAAAUGUUGCGCGAGGGUAACCGAAAGACUGUUUUCGCCAACAUUCAGGAUAUCAGCCGUCGUAUGAAGCGUUCGCCAGAGCAUUUGAUUGCCUAUCUUUUUGCUGAGUUGGGUACCAGUGGUAGUGUUGACGGAAGUGGACGUCUUAUCAUCAAGGGUCGUUUCGUCCAGCGUGCCAUCGAGAGUGUUUUGCGUCGAUACAUUGUCGAAUACGUCACCUGCAAAACCUGCCGCAGCCCCGAUACCGAACUCAACAAGGGAGAGAACCGAUUAUACUUCUGUACCUGUCUUUCCUGUGGCAGUCGUCGUUCCGUCGCGACUAUCAAGACUGGUUUCCGUGGACAAGUCGGACGCCGGAAGCGUACUGGCUAA